GAGGAGAUCCAGGGGCGAUGGCCGCCGGUGGAGCAGCAGGAGGAUGCGGAGACACGGUGGAGCAGUGCGGGGCCGAGGUGGAGCGUCUGUCCCGGGAGCUGGCGGAGGCCAACCGCGAGAAGAUCCGGGCGGCGGAGUGCGGGCUUGCGGUUCUGGAGGAGAACCAGAGCUUGAAGCAGCAGUACGCCGAGCUGGAGGCCGAGCAGGAGGCUCUGAGGUCGGAGCUGGAGCAGCUGCAGGAGGUGGGCUCAGCAGGGGCAUUUGGUCAGGCCUACUCCACCCAGCGUAAGGUGGCCGAGGAUGGUGAGACCAACGAGGAGACUCUGCUGCAGGAGUCUGCCACCAAGGAAGCCUACUACAUGGGUCGACUUCUGGUGCUCCAGGCUGAGGUCAAGCACAGCCAGGCCACUGCGGCCAAUGCACAGGCUGACAAUGACCACUUGAGCUGCCUGCUACAGGAGCUGCGGGAGCAGAGUAAUGAGAUGUUGGAGCUGCAGCGUGGCCGCAUGCGAGAAGAGAUUGGGGAGUACAAGUUUCGAGAAUCAAGGCUGAUUCAGGACUACACAGAGCUGGAAGAGGAGAACAUCUCUCUGCAGAAACUGGUUUCAACCCUCAAACAGAAUCAGGUGGAAUAUGAAGGCUUGAAACAUGAAAUUAAGGUUUUGGAAGAGGAGACAGAUGUUCUGGACGGCCAGCUGCUGGAUGCGCUGCGUUUGAAGGACAUCUCGGACUCCCAGCUGGAGGAGGCACUGGAGUCUCUGAAGAGCGAGCGUGAGCAGAAGAAUCACUUGCGCAGGGAGCUGGUUCACCAUCUGAGCAUGUGUGACGUGGCGUACACUGGCAGUGCACACCUGACGUUCACGUCUGCCCCACCCAGCGGCGCAGCGACUCCGACAACUUUGCUCUCGCCAACCACAGAAGACCAAACAAGGUGUAACGGCCAUGCCCAAGGUGCAACACGAAAGGCAACAGCUUCAGGGUCGGUAGCUGGUGCUAAUGGAGAAUGCCGAGGUAUAAGUCGGAAAACCGAAGGCGUGGCUACGUUGGACCUCUUCAGCGAGAUGAACCUGACGGAGUUGCAGAAGCUUAAGCAACAACUGUUGACUGUGGAACGUGAGAAAGUAGCACUGAUGAACAGUUUGCAGGAAUCCCAGACUCAGCUCCAGCAUACCCAGGGGGCUCUGUCUGAACAGCAUGAGAAGACCCUUUGCCUUAGCCAAAAGGUCACCGCCCUGCGCCGCGGGCAGCAAGGGGCCCAGACCAGUCUUGACUCGCUGUUCAACCCUGAAGAUCUAAAGGGACUUGACAUAGAUAAGGAGACUGAAGAUGAGGAUGACAAGCAUGGCGCAGUGAGCAAAAGUCCAAUAUUCCCUUACCAGUCACCAGGUUUAGAGAUCCUGCAAUGCAAAUAUCAGGUGGCUGUGACUGAGGUGGUUGAGCUCAAGUCAGAAGUGAAAGCCCUGCGGGACAGGUUGGUUCAGUGUGGGGAAGGCAUCGUGCACGAGAAGCCAAGAGGACACGCUCUGCAGCAGAGAUUGGAGAGGAAGGUAACCUCAUUGGAAAAGAGCUGCCAGGACGCAAAAGAGAAGAUUUCUAGUUUGGAAGCUGAGUUGCAGGCAGCUCAGUCGGCAGCCGGUGAGAGCCAGGGGGCUCUGAACGCUGCUCAGGAUGAACUGGUGAUGCUGAGUGAGGAGCUUGCCCAGCUCUACCAUCAUGUCUGUCUGUGCAACAAUGAGACACCCAACCGUGUCAUGCUGGACUAUUACAGACAGGGAAGGGGGCUCAGGGGCCUUUGUGCCAGUCUCAAAGCCAUGUCUGCCGACAACAGUAAAGUUCUCCUCACGCCACGCCUUGCCAGGAGACUGGCCACCGCCACCUCCACAACCUCAACCUCCGGGGAGUCACGGAGCCCCUCUGAGUCUCCGUCCAAAGAACCUCUAUCUGGUGUCAGUAGAGGAAGAGACAGUAAGGAAGGGGAAAAGGAGCUCUUGCGGGGUCAGUCGGAGCAAAGCGUGACUCCCUGCAGUCCUCCAACGAGAUCACCCAGCAUCAGUGCCUCGUCAUCAUCCUCGUCAUCGUCAUCGCCCGCCCUGGAGCCAGCUGGUGAGCUACGCAGAGAACCCAUGAACAUCUACAACCUCAAUGCCAUCGUCAGAGACCAGGUAAAGCACCUACAGAGGGCAGUGGACAGGGCUCUUCACCUGUCCAGGCAGAGAGCUGCAGCCAGGGAACUGGCUCCUUUGCUUGACAAGGACAAGGAACGCUGCUUGGAGGAACUCUUGAAGCUCAAGUCUCUGCUCAGCACCAAGAGAGAGCAGAUAGCAACUCUCCGGCUGGUGCUCAAAGCUAACAAACAGACAGCAGAGGUGGCUCUUACCAACCUGAAGAGCAAGUAUGAAGCAGAGAAAUCAAUGGUGACUGACACAAUGAAGAAGCUAAGGAAUGAGCUGAAGGCCUUAAAAGAGGACGCGGCCACUUUCUCUUCUGUACGGGCAAUGUUCGCCACCAGGUGCGAUGAGUAUGUGACCCAGCUGGAUGAGAUGCAAAGACAGUUGGCCGCAGCUGAGGAUGAAAAGAAGACAUUGAACUCUCUCCUGAGAAUGACCAUUCAACAGAAACUGGCCCUCACCCAGCGCCUUGAGGACUUGGCAUUCGAUCAAGAACAAACACACCGUAACCGUGGGAGCAGGCUGACCCGCAGGAAGACCAGCACUCCCAAAGUAAGUCUCCCAACCUCAGCUUCGGCCUCAGACCUGGCACAAGGCUCUGGUGCAGCUUUGGUCCCCAGUUGUUCCUCACCUUCCCGCCUUAGUAGUACGACAUCAGUUGUUUCUGCUGCUACGGACUUCUCCUCAACUCUGGCAUCACCUAUAUCACACAUACCCAGUCGCAGUCCGUCAUCACCAGAAAUUGCUUUGCCACCUGACUCUCUGGUGGUAGAAAGACCUCCAUCUCUGGAGGUGUCCUCAACGCCUCAGAGGCUGGCUCAGUCCCGGUGGACCCUUGGGAUGCGACCGUUUGUCGUUGACUCCCAUAGUUUCAGAAUAACGUCUCCUUUUUCCCGUAGCUCGGCUACUUCAAGACACGUCACCCCAGAUACUCAAACCACUACUAUGACAACAACUAGACCUAGUCAAACAGGUUCUGCCUCUUCCUCUCCAUAUCGAUCCCCAUUGCUGGGGCUCAAGCGCUCUUUGUGGAGCCCCUCACCCCGAACUCAUCCCUUGUCCAGGCUAACGGGAACCUCAGUACAUCAUAUUCCCUCACAAUCCUCUCAAUACUCUUCGUCCCACUCGUCGUCUUCCUCCCACAGUUAUUCACCAACCUACUACAGCCCUUCUGGCACUACAUCCUACAGCCACUCUAGCCACUACACUCCUCUGUACCCCAGAUCCUACAGUUCCUACCGGCCCCGACACUGACUCAAACCUUUUGGCGCUCCUUGUCCAAACUAAAACCUGCUUAAUGCCUGGAUCAGACUACUAGAUUUAGGACCCAUUAUUGGCCCAAUUUGCUAUCACGAACGAGUUUCCAGAUGGGGCCCGACAUUUUUUGUCGGAAACGACAAAACUCCUUGUAGUGUGACAUAAUAAUCCAGGAUGAACGAUUUGACCCUAUGAUAGCCCUACGACACCGAGAUGAAAAGUCUACUAUGUUUGAUUUUUGGAUCUCUUCCCUGUAGUGCGACGUAUGACCAAGAACCCUCUGACUUAGCAUCUUUACAUCGACCAAUAGGAUUGCGUCUUGCAACGGGGCUUCGCCUCUCUUGGUCGCUGUUGUAAACACACACACACAGACAAUUUUUGAUGAAACUCUAGAGUAUGAAUCAACAGAACACCAGCAUAAUGUUUACGUACAAAUGUUAGUGCUAGCUAGCUAUAUAACGUUAUGUUACCUGCUUGCUAGCGGUAUUAAAAGUGUGUGAACAUUCCCUCAAGCGCUCCUUGAAGAAUGGACAGCCCAAACCAUCCUCUCCAGAGCACCCAGUGAUGACACCACACCCAUUUUUUUUCCUUUUUUUUCCAACACAAAACAUUGCCACAAUCCAAACUAGUGUUGUCGUUACCGCUAUGGUUCUAUCCGGUAGCGUUAUAUCCGGAAGCACUGACACUUUUUUCCCCAGAAAGCUUGAUUUGGCAAGAUUACCCUCAUUAUCUUAAAAGACGGGAUACAUUGGUUUUGUAAUAUACUGUAUGUGGUGUAAUGUUGCCAGUCUUCUGAUCAAGACACGGCGGGAUUUUAUGGCAGUAGUCUGACAUAGUGCCAUCAUGAGAGACCACGUUUGUCUUGUAUUCUGAUCCAGGCAUAAGUCCUCUCUUACUGUUACUUGAGAGUGAGUUCACAGAGAGGAGGAUGGUGUCCCCACCACCCACCCACCCCACACACACACACACACAUUUUAUAUUUUCCUGUGCCUAUGCCUUGGCCAUUGGAUUUUGAGUCUUUCGUGACAUUUCUCAGGGAUGAUGGAGCACAAAUGGCCCUGCCUUCCGUUUAUUCUGUGACGGCUGACUAGUCCAGAAGAGGACAUUAAUAGACUUUUUCAUGAACGUUUUUAGCAUUUUGAGUUUUCAACUCACGUGCAAGAUUUGUUCAAAACAAAGAAAAUUCUGAUAUUCACUGGACUUUUUGUGGACAAGUGCAACGGAGAGACAUACACACAUCACAUAGACUUUAUAUUCAGUGUACUAUCCACUCUGUCUGAUAUGGUGUUGAGGCUCAUAUUCUAUAUCCACAAACACUGUCAAGCUGUAAUCGUCCUGUGCACGCUUUCUUGUUUUUACACUUUGAAGUAAAGGACUGAGUGUGCUGUGAAUGACUUACAAUAGGUUAAUCCACCCAUAUUUUGUCAAGGAAAGAGAAAAAUACCUCCUUAAUUCUGCAGUUUAAAAACAACACACUUGAAUGUGGUUUCUGGCGAAUGUGUUUUUUCAAAGAUGCAAGUUUUAAAUUAUGGUGGCGGUUUUAAACAAGCCAUUCCCCACACCUGAAAACUGGACAAUAAUGGCAUAUAUGUCACAGUCAUUAAAGAAAACAGCUUUUUUAACUGAGUUGAAUCUCCAUUAAAUGGUUCAUGUGACCCAACUGCUGUACUAUGUGGUGGAUCAGAAUCAGGACUUGAGCCGAUGUGGAUAAAAAUCUAAUUUUAUUUUUUAUUUUUUAAAAGAUUUAAAACUGUUUGCUUAGAUCAUAGGGAACAAAAGAAGUAAUAAUAAUAGUAUAAGACAUUGAUAAUAGAAGCACGUGAUUCUGCUGUCAUUGGUUCCAAAAGAGCGUAAGAGGGAAAUGCUUUGGCAGAUAGUUACUAUAUUUCCUCAAAUAGUGGCCUCUACUUACCCAUAAAGAUUAAAGAAUGACUGCUGUUGCUCACCAAAACAGCAGCACUUACCGAGGCACGUACUGUAAAUGGUCUCUUGGAUGAAUUAAAAUGCGGAGUCUUACAGCGUGAAGUUAAUCAUUUCGUUGCGCAGUAAUAAAUAAGAGCUUACAUUAUAUGGAAAGAGCAUCUUUUCAGUUUUAUAUACAAUAUAUUAACGAAAUAAAUGUUAUGUUAUGUUUGUUUAUUUAGAAUUUUCCAGUAUUUUGUAGUUAAUUGAAGUGUUUUUCACUUCCAGUAUUGACACUCUUUUUCCCCCCCCCAUUGUUUAUUUAUUUUGCCAGACUGAUUAACAUAAAGAAAUGUAUAAGCUGAAUCACAGAGGGAAAUUGAUUUCAUGUUGAAGUACAAACUAUAGAUUGUGUACACCGACUUGGCCGAUAAUUUAUAAACACUAUUCAGAACCCCUUUGCGUUACUUUAACAUUCUUUACUUUAUUUCUUGAUGAUAAUAAGGUCAUAUUUUGUAUUACUUUAUUAGUGGAGAAAAUGGAUAGAUGGAUACAAAAAUUUUAAAUAACACAUCGAGUGGGACUUUUGUAUUUCUGCACAACCACAGGAACUUUUCUCAGUGCCCUAAUUUCAGUCACACUGAUAACAGUGAUGCACAAGAUGUAUUAGGUGAAGUUAAAGUUUAUUACUAAAAAAAACAAAAACAAAAAAACAUGACAUCCAAGUGUGUAGAAAAGCAUGGUUGUGUGCAAAUUGUACAGCAAAGACUUUGCAUAUCACCGAAGCAAUUAUAUUUUGUAUUAAGGUGAAAGCGUAGCAUAUUGUAGUGCACACCGACACCAAAGCUGAUGUUAGCUUCAACCGUUGUUAUAUUAUUCCCAUGGAGACUUUCAAACUUUAAAAAUUUUGCAACUGUAAUUCUAAGAGAUGGAUACGAUUUAUUGUCUUAUGUUUUAUUGUUAUCCUUAUAUAAGUAUGAUUAUAAUAAGGUGAAUAGUGUUUUUGUCAUAUUGGCAGUGUUCAAAGAGGUGUGCACCCAAUUUGUAACAUAUGUGUUUUUUUAUUUAUUAAUCUGCUUUUAUUUUCCACACGUGCAGCUCAGGCUAUUUUGCUGUUGUUUCACUGAUGAUGCCUAUUAUUAUGAAUUAUUAUGUAUGGCCUUGAUUGCUUUCACUUAUGUAAAUGUCCAAAGAUAUUUUAACUGUUGUUUUCAGAAUACAGACAACUACAUACAUGUACAGUAUGUGCCUUUUUUCACCCCUUUUCUAUCACUGGGACUUUUUAAUAGCACUUCUCUUUUAUUACAAUUUCUCCAAAUGCAAUAUAAUGUCAUGUUUCGGUGAGGACUUUUAUAUUGCUUUUCUCAUCCUUAUGACACUAAGAUACGGGGAAACAUUAUUAAUUUGACAGUUUUGUGAUUGUUUUCGUUUUGAUCGUGCUGUGUUAUGUGACUCGAAAACGGACAAGGCCAUCUCAAGCAUUUAAAUCUAAUCAAAAGUCAACAAUGAAAAAAAAUUCAAAAUGCAAUAGUUCCCACUGAAGGAAAAUCAUAUUGCAUAUUUCGCAAGCAUUUACAGGUUUAAUGUUUAAGGCUUCACCCAAUGGAUGUUGUGCCAUGUCCCCAUAAUGUGUAGUUUGGUACAGAUUCCUUUAGAUUCAAUAUACCUAUACUAUAGGUAAGAAUGUAUAUUUCAUUUGCAUUAUGCGUUUUAAGGUAUCCGUAUUUCAUUAAAUGAAAAACUUUAACAUUAAUAAGAAUGAUUAACUUAUUUUUAGACUUCUAUGCCAGUGAAAACAAAUUCAAAUGUUAAAUUUUGCCAAUGCAGUAAAUUAACAUUUGUUGAUGAUAGCAGUUUUACUCUAGAAUUAUUAUUAAAUUGGAUUGGAUUAUUUUAACUUCCAUUAUUUUCAAUGGGAAACAUUUUACCACCUAAUGGGAGAUCCAACAGCAUUCCAGAAUAAUUUGGGUUAAACUUUUAAAGUUCUACUUUAAUUACUUAGUUGAAUUACUGCAAUUUAUUAUUAUUAUUAUUAUUUUUAAUGCAAUUAGCAUCAAAUUACCUCCCUACAUAGAGGACUGGAGUCGAACAGGAUUUCUGACCUACAGUUUCAGUCAGAAGUUGACACCAUCGGCAUGAAUGUUGUAUUGAUUUCGGCCAUUCUUUUUCCAAGGUAGACGGAUUACACAACAUGCGUCGUCAAUGAUUUUUUUCAAACAAUAAUUGAGUCCUCUAAAUUGGUUAGGAUGAUCAGGAACAACCCAGGAACCACAAAGGCCCAAGCCUGCUAUGAAGUGGAAACUGUUGGAAGAUAUUUCAUGUACAUGGACUAGCUAUAAAUACUGAACUGAACUGAACUCACCACAACUUUAUUUAUAGAGCACUUUGACAGCAACUGCAACUGUAACAAAGGCAGGCUUGGAUCAACUCGAACAUAAAGCAUAAAAUACUGGUAGAAGAAAUAAAAUAAUAAUAAUAUGACAAUAAACUGAGCCCAUCAGCUUUUUGUGGUGAAUGGGUUUGUGUGUCCCAAUGAUCCUAGGAGCUAAGUUAUCUGGGGCUUUAUGCCCCGAGCAGGCUCACCCAGGGCAAAAAUGUCGUUGGUGAGGGACAAGACAAAGCACGGCUCAAAUGACAAGUAAACUAAAUGGAGGACAUUUUCCGUCGCCUGAAUGUGGGUCUGCACCCAUAGGGCCGGGCUAGGCACAGCCCGAAAGGGUAAACUGGUAACGUCACGCUUCCCAUGGUCUCACCACCUGUGGGAGUGGCCAGGAGAGGCGGGUGCAAAAAUGAGCUGGGUGGCGGUCUGAUCAGCGGCUACAGAAGUUGGUUCUGGGAACGUGGAAAAUCCCCUCUCUGCCAGGAAUGAAGUCCGAGCUGGUGUGCGAGGUCGAGAAGUUCUGACUAGAGAUAGUCGGGCUUGCCUCAACACAUACCUUGGGCUUUGGUAGCAGUCCUCUUGAGAAGGGUUGGACUCUCUUCAACUCUUGGUGCCGAGCAGGUGUGGUCAAAUUUGUUGUACAUUGGGGUUUGCCCCAGUAGACGGGAGGUGGGAGAACUUCGGUGAGGCCAUGAAGAAUGACAUCCAGAUGGCUUCGAAGAAAUACAGGUGCACCAUCCGGUGUUUCUAGAGGGGCAAGCAGUGCACCAUCACCACUAUGUAUAGUAAGGAUGGGGUGCUGCUGACCUCAACUCAGGACAUGUUGAAUUGUGUGAAGACUACUUUGAAGACCUUCUCAAUUUCUUUCCAUGAGAAAGCACUGUCAGGGAACUCUGAUGCGUAUUCUCCUACUUCUGGGGUUGAAGUCGCCAAGGUGGUUAAAAAAGCUCGUCAGUGGCAGGGCCCCGGGGAUGGAUGAGAUCAGCCCGGACUUUGUAAAGGCUCUGGAUGUCGGGGGGGUCUCCUGGUUGACAUACCUCUACAAUUUUGAAUGGACAUCGGAGACAGUUCCUCUGGAUUGGCAGACCGAUGUGUUGUGUUCCAACUGCAGGGGAUCACGGUCCUCAGGCUCCGUGGUAAGGUCUAUUCAGUGGUUCUGGAGAGGAGUGUUCAUCGGAAAGUCAAAUCUCAGAUUCAGGAGGAUCAGUGUGGUUUUCGUCCCGGCCGUGAACAAUGGACCAGCUCUACACUCUCAGCAGGAUCAUGGAGGGUUCAAGGGAGUUUGCCCAACCGGUCUACAAGAGAUUUGUGGACCUGGAGAAGGUGUUUUAAUGUGUUUCUCAGGGAUCUGUUGGGGGGUGGUGCUCUGGAAAUAUGGGGUACUGGAGAUAAGGCCUGUUCGGUCCCUGUACAACCGUUAUCAGAGUGUGGUUCGCAUUCCCGGCCGUAAGUCGUAUUUGUUUCCAGUCAGGGUUGGACUCCGUCAGAAAAGGGUGCAGUACCCUCUCCAAGUCGAGGAGGAGUUCCUGCCCCAAGUAGUGGAGUUCAAGUCUCUUGAGUCUUGUUCAUGAGUGAGGAAAGAAUGGAGCAGGAGAUGGACAGUCAAACCGGUACAGCAUCUGCAGUGAUACAGAGUGCAUCAGUCUGUCGUAGUGAAGAAGGAACUGAGCCGAAAGGCAAGGCUCUAGAUUUACCAGUCGACCACAUUCCUACCCUCACCUAUGGCCACGAGCUGUGGGUCAUGACCGAAAGAACAACAUCGUGGAUACAAGUGGCCAUAAUUAGUUUCCUCUGCAGGGUGUCCAGGCUCACUCUUAGAGAUAUGGUAAGAAGCUCGGGCAUCUGGGAAGGGCUCAGAAUCGAGCUACUGCUCCUCCGCAUCGAGAAGAGCCAGAUGAGGUGGCUCCAGCAUCUGGUUAGGACCAAGCACAUCCCACCAGAAGGAGGACCCAGGACACACUUGAAAGACUACGCCUCCUGUCAGGCCUGGGAACGCCUCGGGAUCCCCCCAGAAGAACUGAACGAAGUGGCUGGGGAGAGAGAAGAAUUUGCUUCCCUGCUUAAAAUGCUGCCUCCGUAACCCGACCCCCGGACAAACAGAAGAAAGUGGAUGGAUGGAUAUUAUUAUUUGGCAUCCAGGAGGUCCAGAGUUGUUGUUUUUCCCCUCUUGUUGCACAGUCACAAUGCCAUGCACAAGUCAGAAUGACAAGAAGUAUGUUUGAAGGAGUCAAUGUGAGGCUUUCAACCCAAAUAACACCCAUUGAAAGUCUCAAAUGAAUACAAAAUUCAAGUCCAUGAUGAGUGUCUUUUCACAACUAUAUUCAGUCAGACGAGUCAGACAGACGUUGGCUGGGAAGUAUGGCCUUCGCUGAGGUAUACGCUCUAACUGACUGCUAUUCUUGCCAUGUUUUAUUUCCUCUUUAUCAACGUGAACCUUUUGUUGCUUUCAACCAAUAAAUUGAAUUCUUAGUUUUUCUAUUGGAAGAAUAGAAAUCUAACCUCCUCUCUAUAAUCUCCCUCCUCUGGCCAAACCCACACACCAUCAUCUAUUCUAUUGGAACUAUUGAAGGUCAAAUUUAAUCCAAUUGGAGGAAGCCUGAAUUCUGUCAAAUGUUUUCUGCCCCACGACGGCUGCCUCACAGUUUUAAGGUUUAGGGGUUCGAAUCUCGGCUCAGAAGUUUGCUUGUUCUCCUCGUUCUUUGGUAGGUUUUCUCCGGGUACUCCAGUUUCCGUCCACAUUCCUGGUACACCUGACAGUCCAUAGGUAGGAAUGUGAGUAUGAAUGAUUCUUUGACUAUAUUAAGUGUGCCCUGUGGCAGCUGUGGUCCAAUGGUUCAGAUCAUCGCCUGCCACCGUGGGGGACCUAGGUUCAAGACCCCGACUGGACCAUCCGCCAGCAUCCCCCGGACUCACGGCUGUGGUGUCCUUGACAUUGAUACCCCGAAAUGCUCCCUGGGUGCUUCAGCUGCCUCCUGCUCCAGUGUGUUCCACUAACAUGUGUAAUCAGUAGCCUUCUACCACAGUACCGUUUCUCAUACCCUCCCCACAGCUAAGGAUGCGUUCUUUCAGCAGUUCCAAAACCGUCCAGCCUAAUCACCGACACUUCAUGGUCCACAAUGCUGAUGUCAACAGUGCCUCCUCCUCUCUGGUCUUGUCAAUCACCGCUGCAUCCGGAAUACAACCACUGACCUUUGAUGCUGUAGAUUCACCCGACAUUGGUUGGAUGGAGACUUAAUGGUGACACUACUGCCAGUUUUUUAUUUUAUUUUAUGUAUUUUUUUCAAUGGUUGUGUAUGCAUCAUCAUGAAUGUUAUGGCACAGUUGACUUUGUAUAGUGGAACAAAAAUAUUGGGUAAUAUACUCGUAUUCUCGAAUCAUGGGCAUACAUGUUAUAUGUAUAUUAUGUAACAGAGAUCAACUAUCGUGCCUAUGCAAAGUUAAUAAUGCAGUAAUGCAAUAAUACUGCAUCAUCAAAUUUAUUUAUACUAUUUAUUCUAGUAUAAACUGUAUAAGUGCCGAUGCAAUCCCCAAGAUUGUAGAAAUCUUGCGUGGGAGCUUGCUUUCUGAGAUUAUUCUCAAUUUUAAAGAAUUUCACAGCACUAAUUUCUCUGUUUCUGUAUAUUGUAUUGUCUGGAUAACAUAACAAAAUCAUAUUAUCAAGCACAAACAGAAACAUUCCAGAAUUUUGUUGCAUGCUUUGAAUUACUGUGCUGCAUUAUAUGUGGGUGAUCACCAGUUGGUCUUCUUGGUAUUAUUUCAUACCCUAAAUAUGCAUGCAGGUUGUUAUACAAGCACCUAGGACAAUUGAAAGUUCACUAGAUGUUGCUCAGGAUGUCAUGGUAGCUCGACACGAAAUGCUUGGAUCACGGAAAAUGAAGGAGCUAUUCAGCAAUAUGUUUGCAAUAAAUUUGAUCAAAAAAUGUAUGUCGCUUACUUUUAAAUAAUAAUAAUAAAAAAACAUCAACUACUCCUUAA